AUGGACGACGACGACGACGACGACCCCGACCACAACGACUACCCCUCGGCCGCCUCCCAGCAGGCCAUUGGCUCCCAUGUUGACCUCGCCGCUGCGUCUAACCUCUUGGCAAACGGCGGUGGCGGCGGAGGCGGCGGCCCUCGUACAUCAACCCCUUCGGCCGCCCAGCACCAGCAGCACUCACAACAUCCCCAGCACCAGCAACACCAAACCCAGGACAUGUCGCAGGCUCUUCUCCCCCACCAACUCCAGCAGCAGCAGCAGCAGCAGCAGCCCCAGGCCCAGAUGCAAGCCUCCCACCAGUCCGUGGACCCGUCGCUCGUCAAAACUACCGAGGUUUUUGCCCACGAGUCUGGCUACAGCGGGCUCAACGUCGAGAGCGCCUUGGCUAAACGCCUGGCCCGCGAACCCGGCCACCGCCUUGCCCAGCAGCGCCGUCCCGACCAGCUUCUCAAUCUCGCCCGCCGCAGCAACGUCGAAGCCCUCUUUGCCCACAUCGCCGGCGAGCCUGCCCACGUCCCAUGCAAGAACUGCCACAAGGGCCACGGCCCCUGGACAAGCUGCAUCGUGGUCGAGGGCCAGAUGUGCGGCAGCUGCGCAAACUGUUGGUUCAACGCCAGCGGCGCUAGAUGCAGUUUCCACGAGACUCGAAACCCGCAGCUGGCACAGCAGCAGCAGCAGCAGCAGCAGCAGCACCCGCCAAUCAUACCCACCAGUGCUGUCGGCCUGUCAGCUACCGAUCCAACCUACCACUAUCCCACCCCCCAUAGUCUAGCCCAUGCCACCAUCGUGGGGGGAGCCGUAGCCCACCCCGCCCUGCUAACCAGCAACCCCAUGUUGCAGCAGAUGGUGACCCGCGCCAUGACGGACGUGCGCGGGGCCGACAAGGCCACGAGACAGCUGAUCCUGAUCGACAUCACGGCGAAGCAGCUGGCCCUGCAGAUUGUCGAGUACGAGGAAAUGGCGGCAGGCCAGGACCCGCAGCAGCAGCAGCAGCAGCAGCCCGGCGGCCCCGGCAUCUCGCGCCAAGGCGGCAUGGGCGACGACACGGGGGCCUGA